AUGGCUUCUCCUUUUACUUCAUAUUUUCUUCCUUUAGUACUUGUCGCAACCAUUUUCAACUUUCAAACUUCUUUAUGUGACAUUCGUGCAGAUGAGGCAUUAAUAACAGGUAUAUGUAGACAAGUACAAGAUCUUCAGUUUUGCUUAACCACUUUUAGACAAAUUAUACCUUCUCAUCCAUAUGUUCCUGAAGAAGUAACUCGAGCUGCUAUCAUCAAAUCAUUACAAAAUGCUAAUGACAACCAUGCUUUCGUAGAGACAGCUAAAGCAAAUGCAAAAGACAAAGAGACCAAAGAUUUGUAUAGUAUUUGUGACAGCAGUUAUGGAUUGUUGAUAACCGUGCUUCAAGAUGCUGCUAAAUCAUUAGCUAACAAGGAUUAUAAUGGCUUAGAAAAUGACCUUUCAAAGUGUCCCCAAUUUGUGAGUGACUGUCAGAAUGUACUUGGUAGUAAGACAACACCUGAAAUGUUAGAUAGAAGUAGAAAACAAUUUGAUCUUGUAUUAAUGGCAAAAAUUGCUGAACAACUCAUUAAAAAAUAG